AUGGAGAGGCCUUCCUCUUCGAGUUCGUGCAUCAGAUCACGCAACGCUCGAUGCAUUGGCAGAGAUGGUCUAGCGGGAGGUCGAUUUUCCAUGAGCAAGCUGGAACUCCUGAGAGUCAAUCUCGAUGUCUUGGUGAAUGGUGUUGGCUCUGGCUCUUCUUCUUCCACAGGCCUGACACCUUCCGAUGCAUGUGGAGUAGCGCUAUUGCAAAAGCAACUGCCUUCUCAGGAGAAGAGGUCCCAAGCUGCGCGAUAUCCAGCUUCUCCAGAAGGAAGGAGGCCAUGCUUCUCCUGCGACGAUGGCGACCGGACCAUCACCUUUGACAUCUUGAAAUUUGAGGUCAAGCUUUCGUUGCUUGGCCGAUGGCGGCCCAGCAUUUGUUGGACACACAUGUCCCAGCUGCACCUGAGGACGGUUGACCUGGGGCUUGCUGGGCUUUUUCUUCAAGGCUUGUCCAGGAUUCGGUGGACCUGCUGUGAGGGAGCUGAGCAGAUCCGAGGGCACGCAUGA